GGGACCGGAAGUUGGUCAGUUUGCUGUGUGGCCUUAAUCGUCGACAGUGAUAGCGUUCACCGAAAUAAUUACUUCCGCUACACAGUGUCAUUCUAUCCACCGCUUACAAAAGUUUUAAGGUAGAUCCCGCAAUAAUCCCAGAGGUGAGGGGAGAGUGACAGUCCUUGAAAUCAGGCCGCAUUUAACUGAGUGUGACAUCAAGGAGCCUGAGCGAGACUGGAGUCAGAAACGUCUUCAGCUUCAAUGCUAGGAGUGGAGUGCAGAUUCUAUCCAUUACAAAUUGCCAUAUGAAUUCCCUGGUUGCUUAUGAGUCUUCAGAAUCAGAAACUGAUUAUGACGAAAGUGAAGAAGUUAUUUCUCUUCAGAGAGAAGAUAAUCUUGUUCAUUCAAAAUUUCAAUCUGCAUUUCCAACUACCACAGAAUGGGAAUCAACCAAAUGUGAAUUUGCAUUACAAGUUGCAUCUUCUGAAUGUGCACAUACGGAACGCAAAUGGAACAGUACACAGAAUUGUACACAGACAAAUAUCUGUGUAAUUCCAAGACCUCCAGAGCAGUUUUUGAAUGAGGAGCCAUAUUUUCAGUUUCCUCGAAAGGACCAUAAAAAUACAUUGAAUCUGAAGUGGAAAUCUGACAGAAUUCCUGUAAAGAUGGUCCCCUCAGCUCAGAAGAGAGCAUUUCAAACAUCAGCGGCAUCUGCUCAAAACAUUAAACCUUACAUACCCAAAAGACUAAGGCAAAAAGAUGUAACUUCUAAAAGCAACGAUUUCAAAGACAGCACAGAAGUUUUGACCUCUGAGAUAAACUGUACUGCAACAGAAGAACACCAGUUAAGUCAUUUGAACAGAAUUUCAGACUUCAUUAAGCCUUACCUAGAAAACCAAUACAAAGUUACAAAUAUUCCAAAAUGCUUGGUCUUUCAGAUCUCUGAGCACAAGGGACCAGUAACUACAAUACAUUGGUGUCCUGUGCAAAAACACAGUCAUUUACUGCUCUCUGCUUCCAUGGAUAAGUCUGUAAAGAUAUGGGAUGCAGUUGAAACAGGAAGAUGCCUGAUGACUUACCUGUGCCAUUCUGGGGCAGUUCGUGAUGCUCAGUGGUCUUCCUGUGGAAGAAAUGUCCUCAGUGGUGGAUUUGAUUCUAUGAUUCAUCUGACAGAUAUUGAAACAGCUAAACAAAUCGUCAGUGUUCGUAAUGAAUGUCAAGUCACUUGUUUAGCUUUCAAUCCUGAGAACCAAAAUAUCUUCUUGAGUGGAGGAUUCAGUUCAACAGUGAGAGCAUGGGAUACAAGAACUUGUAAGGUGGUGAAUGAAUACAGUGCUGGAAUACAGCAAACACUUGACAUUCUUUUUCUUCCGGGUGGAAAAGAAUUUCUUACCAGCACAGAUGCUGUAAGCAGAGACUCAGCAGAUCGUACAAUCAUUGCCUGGGAUUUCAAGACUUCUGCAAAGAUAUCUAAUCAAAUAUUCCAUGAAAGAUAUACCAUCCCAUGCCUGGCUGUUCAUCCCAAAGAACCCGUCUUUGCUGCUCAAACCAAUGGCAACUAUAUGGUGUUAUUUUCUACCCAGCGACCAUACAGGAUGAACAAAAGGAAACGAUAUGAAGGGCAUAAGGUGGAAGGAUAUGGAGUGGGCUGUGAAUUUUCACCUGAUGGGACUAUAAUUGCCACAGGAAGUGCUGAUGGGACACUGUGCUUUUACAACUAUCUGAAUUCAAAUCUAAUUCAAACCUUGCCAGCCCACAAGGAGGCCUGCAUUGAUGUUUCCUUUCACCCUGUGCACCCAUCUAUUAUUGCAACCUGUGAUUGGGGUGGAGAAGUCAAAGUAUGGCAGUGAUGACCUGUAAAUUGCAGCUGUAUGUGAGGAGCAAUUGUGCAUUAUCAUUGAUUAUUCUGUCCCUUAAUUACAAAACAAGUCACAGUUGUCCACAGUACCAACAAAAUGCAGUCUUCAUUUCCCUUUAUCUGCUGAUUAAUUCAGCAAUGUUUAUUGGGUUAACAACAGGUAUGAGUAUCAGACAAUGCUCAGGCCUCUGCACACUAGAUUAGUGCUAUUAAUGCUCUUAUGCAUUGUGGCCAAUAUGUCCAGCCUCUUGUAGUGUAGGGAAGGUAUUAGACAUCUGAAAUAUCUACAUUGUUCUUUACACAUAAAUUGUGGGCAUGUUGUGGAGUAUCACUAUCAUUUAGUGAUUAUUUAAUGUUUCAAAAAGCACUGAAGAAGUACGUCAAGCUAUGACUUUUCAGGUUACAGUAUUAAACAAGUUGUCUGAUUUGUGUAUAUUUGAUUUUGUAGUGAAUCCUAUGAUUGUAUCAAUAACAUCAAAAGAAUUAUGCCACAUGUAUUUAUAACAGUCAACAUGCAAUCAUCCUGUUUCCAAUAUCAUUAUCAUUAUUGUAAAACACAAUUUAUCAGGUUCCAAUAGGAUAAUAUUUUUAAAUAGUCAAUACUUGUGAAUCCACUUUUGUACUAUUUUGAUUAGUUUGCACACUACUCUCUGGAAAUGCUAACCAGAACUUACAGCUAACCAUUGAUUAAACAAAUUGAAGAGCAGAAAGGUCAACCACAUGCCUGUUGGGCUGAUCUGAAAGUCAAGAUAACCAGAUUCAAUUAUUGUUCUGUGAAAAGUAUGACAGUUAAUUGUUGAAGCUGACUAUAUAAAAAUAAAAUCAAAUAAACUAUGAAUUAUUUGCUGAAAAUAAAAGCAGGUUAUUUAUUUUCCUUAAAUACUUGCAUUUUUUUUCUUUAUUAUUUAGGUGUAUUAA